AGUAGGAAAUGGAAAGUUGAAACACUUCCAGGUUUCAUUUCUUUAAGUUUCAUUUCUGAGGCAUUGCUCCGGUGAUGUGGCCACAUACCCUUUGCUCACAGAUAGGCAUCACAUAGCCACUCAGUCUCAUGUGACAGACAUCUUUAGGACUAGGGCUAGGAACUCCUUGUUGGAAAGGCAACUAAAAAGCAACAAUGUCAUUUCAGGACUGGGAGAGUAUUUUUGAGGAGAAGACUGAAGAGCUUUAUGGUGACAGCUGGAGUUUUGAGUUUGAUGACUCCAUUGAGCCAGAGAACCCAGCUCAUAACUGGUAUCAGUACAUCCGGGGAGCUUUUGCAAGGUUCACCUGCUCCAAGUGUAAGAAGACUUGGCCCUCCAGAAGGGUGCUGGUUGUGUUUGAUUUUCAGCUGCAGGAAAGGACAAAGACGGGAACAGUCAAAGCGCGUCGGUUCCGACAGAACUGCAAAAGGUGCAAGGAAGCCCAGAUGGAGGAGCCCCAGUUCGAGGUAGACAACAUCGAGGUGCUGCUGGACAAGCUGGUGGAGAGGAUCCGCAUGAGGUGUUACAGGGAAAACCUGGGCCAGAACAACAGGGGCUUUCGACCUGUUGGGAUAUCCGAGGGGCCGCACGAGUCUUCUCACUGUGAGGCCUGCCUGAGAGGCAUCUGCAGAAAAUCGGAAUAAAACGGCUAUACUGUCUUGGGAUUCAUGUAUUAAUUACAGCAGUGACAGUUGCAAAUAUUAUGCAUUACUUUGCACUUUCCAGUGGCUAGAAGCCUGUUGUCGAAACAAACCACCUCUCCAGCAUUAAGGCCUAAAAUGUUGUGGUAUUUCCCUUGAAAUCAGGCAACUACUUCUUAAUGUGUAAAUGUAUUUGAGUUUAAUUUAAUGAAUUUAACAGAUCAUUAUUUAUUUAACUUGCCUCUCAUGUUUCCCACGUCAGUUAUUGGCGUCAUCAAAUGUAACAGCCAUCUGGAUCGAUUCAUACAUGCUCACCAGUCUGGGCAGUGAUUGUUGCCUUGCUGUUUUGCUAUCAUAUAUUUCUACAAGCUUAUUUCAAAUAAAUUGCACUGAGAUGUAAGUGUUGGAAAUGAAA